AUGGCCACCACGCCGCUUCUCCGGCGCACCCUUCACCCCAAUCAACGGAGGCACAACAUGCCGUCACUCACCCGGUCAGAAAAUGUCUGUAGCGGAUGUAGGUCUAGGAAGAAGAAAUGCGAUGGCCAACGCCCUCAGUGUUCCUCGUGUCUUCGCCGAGGCCACCCAUGCCUCUAUCGCACUGUCACAGGGGUGACAUCAUGGGAUUCUUUUUUAGGGCCGGCGGAGACUUCCGGAACUCUUGAUGUCGCAGCUACCAACCUCGAAGAUGUGAUGAGCUUGGAGCCGGAUUCCUUCAACCUUUGGUCAAUGCCUUUCCCGACCCUAGAACCCCUCCAAGACCUUGAUAUACCACUUGCAGCGAAGGAAGAUCCAGCCUCACUUCCCCCUUGGAGCGUACUGCUGGAAUUAGUCUCCAACUUCUUUCAAAAGCUGUAUGCUCAUCUUCCCAUCAUACACAAAGGGCGAUUUAUGCAUGCGCUAGAGAGAGACGGAAUAGAAGGGUCUUCUCAAGCUCUCCUAUAUGCCAUAUGCGCCAUCUCUGCAAAAACACAUACAGAUCCCGAUGUUAGAGAACGUCGAUACCAGUGGUAUGAAGUCGCAAAAAAGCUCGUGAGUGAGUCUAUAGCUGGCAAGAGUAAGGUCAUUGAAAGUCUUCAAGCGGCAGUUCUCAUUGUUCAGCUUUCGUCAGAGAUGAUGGAGUUUUGCACGCCGUGGCAGUUGCUUGGCCUUGCUUGGAGAAAGGCCGUCCUGACAGGCUGUGCGCGACUCGACGGCAAGGCCCGUGUUUUGCCAAAGGAUUUGGGGGUGCUUGAGACGGACUCGUGGAUCGAGAAGGAGGAAUGUCGGAGGACUCUCUGGACUCUUUUUAUCUUUGAUCGGUGCCUUUGCACGACGGAUUUGCCUCGGGCCAUCGACAAUCGGCAUAUCCUUGUCAACUUUCCCAUGUCGGAGGAUGAGUUCCAGGCGGAUAAUGAGUCGCUGGAUUUAAACUCGAUUGGUUUCACUGUCGAUGUAGAUGAUUUAUGCUCCAGAUUGCAGCGGCAGACACUCAGGCGCAAGAGGACGGUCUAUCAGUAUCUUGUUGCCGCGCAUCAUCUUCUCGGCCGAGUUGGAGAGGAACUCUACCAACCUCACUUUGAUUAUAAAAAGGAUAGAGACACAUUGCAGUCGUUUACGUCAAAGUUGAUCAAACUGAGGCUAACAAUCCCUCGGCAUGCUAUUGAACUAUCCGCAGCCGACCCCAGAGACUUUUCAUUGGUUGUUUGGCUCAAUGCUGUCAUGGCAUGCAUUGCCCUCUUACUCCAUCAUCGGCCACUUCUCGAAGGCGAAACCAAUGAGAGACCUGGUGAUCACUUUGAGAAUUGGCCUCAUUGUGUCGCAGCAGCGCACAGUCUGGCUAACUGUCUCCGCGACAUGUGCAGAACAUCAUUAGACUUCGCUAACAACACAUUCCUAUUACCACUGGUCUUUGUCUGCGUUAGGGUCCUGCUGAUUGAAAAAUGCGCACCGCUCGAUCCGUACUGCGAUCCAGCAUACAAAUCGAGCGUGAGGAAUGACCUCGAGAUACUGGCAUUUGCCCUCCGCCAUUUCAAAGAAGCUCUGGGGAAGCUGGGACGAAAAUACUACAAUGGGUUUAUCUACUUUUCAAGAUUCAAUGAUGAGCAGUGUUGGGCCGCGAAGCGUGGUGUAUUGUUAGAUAUGCUGAGGCCGUGUGAUCACUGGCCAGAUUACUCUGACGAAGAGGAAGUCAGUAUUUCAUGA